AGUACCUACAUUUAAUUUUGACGUCUGUAACUCACUCAGGUAACAAUGUUGGUGCAUCUGUUACUCUUCGUGUGCGCAUGCGCGCAGCUUGGCAUGGCUGGCGAGCCGAAGGUGCCUCCUUACUUGAAAUAUAAGGAGGAAAUCAAAAUAGCAGAGGCUGCACUGAAAGAAAACAUACUGUCUAUGGAAGGCAAUAUACCGCUCCUGGAUGACCCUCGACGACAAUACGCUCAAAUCGUCUACGUUGUAACAUACGAAGCGAUCGGGCAGGCUGGCUGUGUUUACGAGGAGUACUCUGAAAUUUAUCAGAAAGAUUUAAACAGCUCAUUGCCAUUAGCACUCAGCAGACCACAAUUGGCCAUAGACGAAGUUAAUAACCUGCUCGAGAGAUUUAAACACAAAUCUGCCAUCAUAUCUAAAUUGAUACAUGAUUGUGUGGGGCCAAAAUGCGACGUAGUGGUGGAUUAUUUUAUUAAGCAAGACCUUCAGAAGUACGCAGAAGCAGCAGCGAUCUUCAUCGCGGCCGGGAAAGCGGCUAUCAUACAAAAUGAAAACGCAAAGAAGAUUGAGAAAAUUACCAAAAACCUAGACGCUCAAAAGUUUCUGAUAAAAGGAGCAGAGAUAUUAAAGAAGUAUGUGCUAACAUUAGCUGAUCUUUAUCGAGCAUUGAACGUAGGCUUUAUUAAUGGAUUAAGAUGCUGAUUUACAUUCAAAAUGUACUACUUUUCCUUUUGUUUUAAUAACAUUUCUCGCAAUUAGUAUUUCACCUUCAUGCUCAACAUUCGAGACAUAUUUAUAAAUUCAGAUUCUGAACAAGCUUUCGUGGACCACACAAAUGCUUGUCCUGCACGGGGAUCGAAAAUGCGACACGAAGUACUGUGGGCUAAGCCUGGCAACCAAUUACACUCGGCUAUUUAUACAGUCUAUCAUUUUGUAUCAGCUAGCAUUUUGGUCAUGUCAGCUUAGGGCCCCGAUUACGAAUAGUGUCAUAUUUAAUCCAAUUGUCAUUAAUUCCUCGGCCAUUGGACAUAGCGGAAUUGGGGUCCAGAUACUCAGCAACUAAAUUCAGAUAAAUUCUUCAAUUGGUUUAUAAGGGCAAGCGAACAAUAAAAUUAUUAGUUUCAAUAUUUAAUGUCUGAACCGACCUGAAAAAUAAAACUUUA